AAAAGUCUGGCCUAUCAAGAUCAUGAUAGAAACUUCUUCCAACAAGAUAGAAGGAACUGGUUAUUGAAGAAUUUGGCUAGCACCGAGUAGUGGGCAAACAAAUUUGGCAUGGCCAUUUCUUCUAUUUGGUACGAGAGAAAUAAACUUGUUUUUGAUGGUGCCAAUUCUCAACCUGUAAAGGUUGUUGAAGAAAUCAAGUCUCGGUGUAGAGAAUAUACCAAGGUGAUGAAGAAGCAAGGCUUGGCUCGCAAAAUGACCACGGAACUGGACAGCUUAAUUCGAUGGUACCCACCUGAUGCUGACUACCUUAAAAUUAAUGUGGAUGGGUCCUUCUACGCUCAUAAUGGUAACGCUGUUUGUGGUAGUGGAGUUGUCCGUGACAAUCUUAGAAGGUUUGUGAAAGGGUUUGCUUGCAAUCUAGGGAGCUGAUCUAUUAUGCAUGCGGAAUUGUGGGGUAUUAUCAAAGGUUUGCAAAUCGCUAUCGACAACGGUUAUAAUCGUAUUGUUAUAGAAUCCGACUCUAUGAUGGCUAUCGGUUUCAUCAAGGAAGAUUGCCCGAGACAUCACCCUUGCUCUCCUCUGUUAGAUGAUAUUAAGGUGCUGAGAAGGCGCUUGUCUCAAGUUUCGUGGAAGCAUAUUCGGCGGGAAGUUAAUGGUGUUGCGGACAUCCUUGCAAGGAUAGGACAAAACCUCCCUAUUGAAAACCAGAUUUUUGAUUUGCCCUCCCCUGAGAUUGUUCACAGUUUAUAUGUUGACAGCAUAGGCGCCCUCAGAUUGAGGGGUGGCUAAGUUUGUCUUUAGUUUUCUUUUAUUUUUCUUUUCUUUCUUGCUGGGAUCUGUGAUCCGCUUUUACCAAAGAAAAAAGUUAAUACUACCUUUUAAUACUUUGUUAUUCAGUUGAAAAAAAAUUAUGCGAGGAUUGAAUGAGUGGAAGGACUGAAGGACCUGAAUCAUUAUCAGUGGUGAUUAGUGAGUGAGGAUUUGCGAGUUGGCGACGAGUUACCGAGUUAGGUUUUGAAAACUCGCUCAUCCAUGGCUCGGAGCUUGUCUCGUUCGCGUUCACCUUCCCACAGAAGAAGAUACUCUCGUUCCCCUGUUUCUCACCGUCAUGCUCACUCUCACUCUCGAAGGGAUCGAACAUCUUCAAGGCGAAGAAGCCGAUCCCCUAGCCACAGGCGCCGCAGAAGCAGAACGCGGUCACCGUCUUCGCCGAGGCGCCGCAGAAGGCACAGAAGCAGAAGCACUUCCUCGCCCUUUCCUCCUCCUCCUAAAUCGCGCAGUCCCAGUGUCGUUGCGAACCAUCACAAGCUCAAAAAAGACGAAGAAGAAAAGAGAAGGCGUCAACACGAGGAGGAAUUGAAAAAAUUGGAAGAAGGGACCGCAAGAAGAAUCGAAGAAGCAAUUCGAAAAUAUGUUGAGGAGAAGCUUGAUUCAGAGGAAGUUAGAUUGGAAAUAGAAAGGCGCAUAGCAGAGGGUGUGAAGAAAUUGUUUGAUGAUGUUGAAGUUCAACUUGAAAAGGAAAAGCAAGAUGCUCUUAAUGAGGCUCGAAGGAAAGAAGAACAAGCUAGAAAAGAGAGGGAAGAGCUGGAUAAGAUGCUUGAAGAGAAUAGGAGGAGGGUGGAAGAGGCUCAGAGAAGAGAAUCCCUAGAGCUGCAACGAAAGGAUGAGGAACGGCAGAGAGAAUUAGAGAUGAUCCAGAGACAGAAAGAGGAGGCUGCUCGGAGAAAGAAGCUGGAGGAGGAAGAAGAACAUGCCAAUCGAAUGAAUUCGUUAGGUGCUAUGCUCAAUUUUAUGUGUUGCAUAACAACACCACUGUCCCCCUGCUUGGCUGGAUGCUACACCUAGCUGGUUUCAAAUUUUAGUUUGGAGGCAAUAGCUGGCGUUGAAUACAUUUAACACUGUAGUUGUGUCUCCAAUCUAUUGUGCCUUGUUCACAUGUUUUACAAUAUUAGCUAGUGCAAUCAUGUUUAAGGUUAGUAUUCACUAAAACAAAUUAGAAUCACCUAUUACUGCCAUUGAGUUAGACACAGUCCCCAUACUCCAAUGACAUUUUUCUUUGGUUUAUUUUACAUUAAGCUAUAUAAAUGUGGCAGUGUUACUCUGUGACUCCGUCUAUCUGGUUUUGCAACAAGUUUCAAGAGGCUCCUAUCACAUUGUUUUGGUAGACAAGUCGUGCUUCCGUUUUUCGGAGGAUGUUUGUUUCCGUGGCAGCGUGUGAAAUGAACGCUUGUGCGCACAAUCACCAAAAUUUCCUAGGUGGUUUUUCUCCUAGUUUGUAUUUUUUGUUGUAUUAUUAUUUUGCAUUAUUUUUACCCUCUUGUGCUCUUUUCCCAAGUUGUACUCCCAGUUCUUAGCUGAUUUUUGUGUUCAUAUUCUGGUGUUUCUCGAUUGUGGGAGCUAAUCCAUGUAA